UUAUUAUAAUCUUUAAUGGGAGCAAGUUGCUGAGCACAGUCACAGGAUUCAAUCUUAGCCCUGAGCGGAACUUCUAGAGGAUCUGGUAUGCCUGAAGAUAAGUCAAUGACAGCUUCUGACUCUGUCCAUAUUUCGCACAAGUUCUACAUGAGAAAUAGAAUGGACACAGUAACUGAGAAAGGGAUGGAAUCUAGUUCAACAAUUUUUCAGAGCCAUUUGAGAUCAGCUCAUAGCAAAGAUGAAGAUGAUUUUAGCAAAAACAUGUUUAUUGAAAAUACUCAAGACACCAGUGGAUUUUAAAGUUAUUCCUAAAAUUAAGAAAGUUGAGUUUA